AUGGUUAUCACUGGUGAUGAUGUUGAUAAUGUUCUUUCAUUGAAACAACAGUUACACACUGAGUUUCAGAUGAAAGAUCUUGGCCCUCUUCGUUAUUUUCUGGGUCUUAAGGUUGCUUAUUCUCGUCGAGGUUACUUGGUGUCUCAACAGAAGUACAUAUCUACUAUUUUACAACUAGCUGAUAUCACGGAUCUUCGCACUGCCUUUACUCUUAUUGAGCUACAUCACCAACUCUCUUCUUCUGAUGGUGAGCCUCUAUCUGAUCCUACUCGCUAUCGUGCACUUGUUGGUGCUCUUGUCUAUCUGACUAUUACUUGGCCUAAUAUUACAUAUGUUGUUUGUGUUCUUAGUCAGUUUGUGAGUGCUCCUCGCUCCACUCAUUACGCUGCCCUCUUACAAGUUCUUUGUUAUCUUCGUGGUACUAUAUCUCGCUCCUUACUUUUCUCUGCCACAUCUUCUCUUGAGUUGCGCGCAUAUUGUGAUGCUGAUUUGGGCAGCAAGAAACAAUCUACUGUUGCUCUUUCUACUGUUGAGGCUGAGUAUGGUGGUAUGUCCUUUACUGCUAAGAAGGUUCUUUGGUUGCGAUAG